GGCGUUGCCAUACAGCGGUGCCGAAUGAAAGAAGUGCAAACAUUAGAUAAAGAUAAUUGAACAAUUAUUAGCACCUGCAGCCGGCGAACGGUGUAACGGAAUUUCCUGCAUUCAAAAGCUGAUGGCGCGCAUGGCAAAUACAACGCAGGUGAAAUCGUGUGCCCUGAAAUCGGUGAUGCGGCGCUUCUGGCCAGUUGUCUACCGUCCGUUGCAGCAGCUCCACAUUCCCGAAGAUAAAAGCAGACUUACGUAAAUAUUGCAUGGGCAGUGCAUAUUUAAAUAUAGAUUAUAAUAUAGAGGCGCAAUGCAAGGCAUUUGCACUUGCCAGGCAACCAAAAGUAUUAUUGAAGCAAUCCAAACCAAUAUGGAAUAGUCAGGAUUAUGGCUUCCUUACGGGUAGUAAAUAGAAACAGAUUAGUGUGUCGUGGCUUUGUGGCUCUCACUUUGCUGCUGGUCUUUUUCAACGAGUUUAUAGUCUACUACAUGGCCCAGUCUAGUUGGCAACCGAUCGAUUGCAAACUAGAUAACUGCACGCGUUUGCUGCUGGUUGCUGAUCCCCAGAUCCUGGGAAACUCCUACGAUCGAUCAUCGCACAGUCCUUUGGCAAGGUACGAUUCGGAUAGAUAUCUGGCCAAAACCUUCGAGCGAGCCCUGGCCUUUACACAGCCACACAUUAUCGUUUUUCUGGGCGAUCUGCUAGACGAAGGCAACAUAGCUACGGCCCAGGAAUACAAACAGUACGUUCAGCGAUUCAGACGCAUUUACCAAAACAAGAAUUACAAAAAACGCGUCCAUGUGCCGGGUGACAAUGAUAUUGGCGGCGAAAAUGGCGACUACAUAUCCAACUCGAACCAAAGACGUUUUGAGAAUGAAUUUAUGAGUGAAGACCUCUUCGACUAUGACAAUCACUUGCGUUUCUUCAAGAUAAAUCGAAUGCUGCUGGAUUUCACGAAUCCGGAUAGGGACAACAAUGCCGAUCGGCUUAGAAUUGGAGUAUCGCAUGCCCCGCUGCUCAUUGGCGGUGGACCAUUGCUGAGGGCCAUCAUGAGUGACUUGGAUCCACAUAUCAUUUUCUCGGGACACUGGCACGAAUCCAGAAUAUUUAUUUACCCCUCCACCAAAGUGAUUAACUUCUAUGAAAACGCCGUGAGGCACUUCGAUCUGAAGGCCCUUAAAGAGCAGGAUCACAACUAUCUGGAGAUAAUGGUGCCCACAUGUUCGUAUCGUAUGGGAAAGUCUAAGAUAGGAUUGGGCUACGCGGUGUUGGAAAACUACAACUUGAGUUAUACAGUUCUGUGGCAACCGAAUCGCUUUAUCCUGCUCUUCACUUACGUCUUCUGGGGACUCUUUGUCAUCUGUGGCGCCGUAGUCUUCAAAAUGAUGACACGCUGUCCAUUCCGCGUGGCCAAACGACAGACGCUCUACAAUCGCGUCUCGACCAUACCACAAUUUUAGACUGCAUUUCCCAAAACUCAAGGACAAUAAGCCCAAGAUUCUCCAAAUUUGCUCGAAUAUAUGUACCACUCGAAAUGAGAUUGAAAUUGUAUUUAUAGACCAAUAUAUCGGUUUAGCCUAGUAUAGCCUUGUAUAUGGCCUAGUCCAAAAGUGAUGAUUUUAGUUUUGAGUCAAGAAAUAAAUGUAACCCAUGUCCUCCAUA